AUGGCUCGUCGUCCGGCUCGCUGCUACCGAUACUGCAAGAACAAGCCGUAUCCCAAGUCGCGCUUCAACCGUGGUGUCCCCGACCCCAAGAUCCGCAUCUUCGAUCUGGGCCGCAAGCGUGCUAAGGUCGAUGACUUCCCUCUCUGCAUCCACCUCGUCUCCAACGAGUAUGAGCAGCUGAGCUCCGAGGCUCUCGAGGCCGCUCGUAUCUGCGCCAACAAGUACCUCGUCAAGUAUGCCGGAAAGGAAGGUUUCCACAUGCGUGUCCGCGCCCACCCCUACCACGUCGUCCGUAUCAACAAGAUGUUGUCUUGCGCCGGUGCCGAUAGACUGCAGACUGGUAUGCGUGGUGCCUGGGGCAAGCCCAACGGCACUGUCGCCCGUGUCAACAUUGGCCAGAUCAUCCUGAGUGUCCGCACUCGUGACUCCAACCGCGCCAUCGCUCUCGAGGCUCUGCGCCGAUCGCAGUACAAGUUCCCUGGCCGCCAAAAGAUCAUCGUCUCCAAGAACUGGGGUUUCACUCCCCUCCGCCGCGAGGAGUACCUGGAGAAGGUCGCUGCUGGUCGCGUCAAGGUCGACGGUGCCUACGUUCAGUUCCUCAGCAACCGUGGCAACCUGGCAGAGAACAUGAAGCGUUUCCCCAACGCUUUCACCGAGGCUUAG